AUGAGCACUGAACAUGUGCAGGAAAAGCUCAAAGAGGUGCCGUUUGAAAUGAGAAGCAUCCCUGUUCCAGCAAGAAAGAUGAAAAUGAUCAAGGAGGAGUGGAUGAAAAUAUACACGCCUGUGGUUAUGCAGUGCAAUCUCCAAAUCCGCAUGAACUUGGCCAGGAAGUGCAUAGAGAUCCGAACGUGCAAGGAGACGCUUAGCCCGGUCUCCAUCCAGCGAGCAGAAGAGUUUAUCACCGCAGUCACUCUAGGGUUCUCGCCCGAGGACGCGCUGACCAUUCUCCGAGACGACACGCUGUACGUGAACUGCUUCUCUCUGGAGGACGUGCGAAUACUGCGGCACAGCCACAUCGGGCGUGCAAUUGGAAGAGUCGCUGGAACCAAGGGGAAGAUCAAGAACAAUAUAGAGCUGAUCACUGAAACCCGAAUAGUCAUAGAAGACAAGAACAUUCGGGUGCUUGGAACGGACACAAACAUAGCGCUUGCCCGGACUGCCAUAAGUAAGCUGAUCAUGGGGUCGCAGCCCUCAAAGGUCUGCUCGGAUCUUCGGAUUAUAUCCAAGAAGGUGCAGGGCCGGCUGUAA